AUGGCCACUACCAAAUCCAAGGACCUCCCAGGCGAACUGAGCUACGUCCAGUAUCAACAUGCUCUCGAGGCUCAAUAUCUACCCGCUAUCCGGGCAUUGAUCUCAAAGGAUUUGAGUGAACCUUAUAGUAUAUAUGUUUAUCGAUACUUCCUUUGCCAAUGGGGGCACCUCUGCUUCAUGGCAUUGAACCCAGUCGACUCAUCCCUUAUUGGUGUCAUUGUGUGCAAGCUGGAAAUUCAUGCUUCACACUCCAACCCCACCCGUAGAGGCUACAUCGCCAUGUUGGCUGUUGCCUCAGAUUUCCGCGGCCAUGGUAUCGCUACAACACUUGUCAAGAAGGCCAUUGAUGCCAUGACAAAGCGCAACGCCGACGAGAUUGUCCUGGAGACCGAGGAAACGAAUGUCGCCGCUAUGCGACUCUACGAGCAGCUUGGUUUCUUGCGUACCAAGAAAUUGCACCGCUAUUACCUCAACGGAAAUAGCGCAUACCGGCUUGUGCUGCCUCUUAAAUACAUUGACCUUGAUGCUGGGCCAAACGAUCUCGAGAUUAUCGAUGUUUAA